AUGGAGAAUACGAGGCUGAUACCCAUCGUUCUUCUCCUUCUCUUUAUCGGCUCCUACUCAACGCACCUGUCGCCAUCAACCCAGCCGGGCCGCCGUGGUCUUCUCGCUAAACCCACUCCGCCUACUAAAACCGCACAUGGCAGCGACGCAACCGUUACCACCGCUCUAGUGACUCCGAGGGUCGUCGCUGCUGCAAGUAAUGAUUCUGAAUCAGGCGGGUUGACCGCGCCUGCCUAUAACACGUCAAGUGUUUCAAACACUGAAGAGAAGUCCUCUUCAACUCUCCCCCCGCGUGCUCCUGCUCAUCACGUUGACGAUAUUGGCGCGGCAGGGAAAGAUGCGCCCUUGAAGGGCGUGGGUGCGGGCUCUGCGGGCAAGGGCGCGGUGGGAAAGGGCGCAGCAGGCAAGGUUGCAACGGGCAAGGGCGCUGCAGGCAAGGGCGGAGCGGGAGCUACCGCAGCGGGCAAGGCCGCGGUGAAUACGGGUGCAUCAGGCAAGAACGCACCGGGCAAGGUCGAGGAAGUCAAGGGCGCGCCGGGCAAGGAAGCGGAAGUCAAGGCGCGCCGAGCAAGGUUCGCGGAAGUCAAGGGAGCGCCGGGCAAGGUCGCGGAAGGCAAGGGCGCGCUGGGAAAGGUCGCGGAAGGCAAGGGCGCGGCGGGAAAGGUCGCGGAAGUCAAGGGCGCAACGGACGCUAGUGCAGCUGCUAAGGCCGCGGCAAAGAAGGGCGCAGCAGACAAGAGCGCAACAAACAAGGGCGCCGCAGGCAAGGGCGCAACGGACGCUAGCGCAGCGGGUAAGGACGCGGCGAAGAAGGGCGCGGCAGGCAAGGGCGCGACAAACAAGGGCGCGGCAGGCCAGGACGCAGCUCACAAACAGCCUGCUGCUGAGAUGAUGCGCGCGAGCGACACACCUAAUACGAACAAACCCGGUGUGGCGUUUCACAAGGCAACUGCCAGCGACGUGGCGAUCCAUGAUACCAAGAAAAGUCAUGGUGACUCCAAGACGGCAUUGGGAAAUGAAACUGCCGACUCGGAGUCGAAAGAUGAUUCUGCUGCGCCGAACGCACAGCACGCCGCGCGUCCUCACAUGGCCGCGCCGCCUCACAUGGCCGCGUCGCCUCACAUGGCAACGGCUGAGGAUGUGGCGAUCCACACCCUGAAGACGGCAUCGAACAAUCGUCCUGCUGGGUCGAACGCGGCACAAUUGCGCAAACCCAACGUGCGUCCUCACAUGGCGACAGCUGAGGACGUGGCGAUCCACACCCUGAUGACGGCGACUGCGAGUCACAGCGUCGAGAAUCAGCUUGCCGCUGCGAUGAUGGGAGCGAGCAACAAACCCGUGCGCCCUCACAUGGCGACAGCUGAUGAUGUGGCGAUCCACGCCCUGAAAACGGCAUCGGACAAUCGUCCUGUUGGGACGAAUGCCCAGCGCGCCGCGCGUCCUCAUAUGGCGACGGCUGAAGACGUGGCGAUUAUUCACCCGGGACCAGCAAAGGCGACGGCGGCGGCGGUGGCGCCGAUGCAAGCGGAGGAGGGCGAGGCGUGGAGGAAUGUGGCGGCUGCUGAUGACAAUGAUGGCGGUAAUGACAGAGAGAACGACAAGGAGAACGACAAUGAUGGCGAUAAGGAGAACGACAACGACGGGGACGGCGACAGGAAGAAUGACAACGACAGGGAAGGCGACAGGGAGAAUGAGAAUGAGAAGGACGAUGACAACGAUGCAGUGAACUGGCAUGGGGAGAGCAGCAGCACGCGCAUGAACGGUGGCAGCAAGGGACAGCGAAGGGGCGUGACUCAUGGCACCGUCAAGAGAGCUUCAUCCCACUUGUCUCGCUUCAGCAACACUGGGUUCCACAAGGCACACCACGGGAGUGAGCUCGGCAAGGCACCGGAGUUUUACAUGGCGACAGCCAGGGAUGUGGCCAUUCACAGGAGCGAGACACAAGGUGCCUACCGUGGUGUGAACUACGGAAGUGAACAGCUGGAAUCCCUUGCAUUUGCACAAGCUGAGGGCGGCGAUUGCGAUGGUGACAACAACGGGGAUAAUGGCAGCGGCGACAACGGCGUUGACAACGGCAGCAGCGGCGGCGGCGGCGGCGGCGGCGGAGGAGGAGGAGGGGGGAUUGACAUUGGCGCGAUCCUGGAGGUGCACAACGCAGCGCGGCGGGAGGUGGGGGUGGCGGACCUGGCAUGGGACGAGGCCGUGGCAGCAGCAGCGCAGGAGUGGGCGGACCAGCUCGCGUCCGCGGGGUGCCCUCUGCAGCACGGCGGCACGGAGGGGCUCGGGCAGAACCUGUACUGGCGCGCGCCGGCCGGGCUGACCCCUGAGGAGGAUCGCAUGGCGGUGCAGGCGUGGGUGGAUGAGAAGGCGGAUUGGACUCCCAGCCCGGUGCCCGAGGGGUGUGCGGAGGGGAGGAUGUGCGGGCAUUACACGCAGGUGGUGUGGGCGGGAACGACCCAUGUGGGGUGUGCGUCGGCGCAGUGCCCUGAUGGGGGUGGCAUGUGGGUGUGUGAUUACUCGCCCCAGGGGAACAUGAUUGGGUCCACUCCUUUUUAG